AUGGCAAUGCUUGCCUCGAAGUCCUUCCAGGCUUCGUUAGCUUCGUCGAGCGCCGCAUUGGUCUCGAGCGCACAAUCGUCCAACAUGCCGCCCACGAGGAGAGCUCCCGCCGUCCACGCUGCGGGCCAAUCCUUUGCCAGCCCGACCGAGUCCGAGUUUUCAGACGUCGAUGGCCCGGAUGCAGUUAAGAACUGGACUGAGGACCAGGUCUGCGAGUACCUGCGGAGUGUCAAGUGCGGCGAGUAUGAGAAGCUGUUUAGGAAAAACCACAUCAACGGCGAGAAUCUGCUGGAGAUGGACAAGGAAGUCCUCAAGGAGAUGGGCAUCGACAAGGUCGGCGAUCGGGUCCGCCUAUUCCUCGGCAUCAAGAAAUUGAGGACGAAGGCGUACGCGAACCAGAAGAAGCGCAAUCGGGACUCCUUCGGAGGACUGGAUCCUCAGUACACGCCUUCCUCGACCGGUUCGCCGCGGCCGCUAAACUCGACCAACCGUGCCGCGCCUGUGUCGUCUAGCAGACGGUAUUCCCGGCAGAUUGAUAUGUCGAGCCUUCCCGUGAACCCCGUGUCCGAACUCGCCAAGUCCGCGUCGCGACCCAAUUCACCCCUCCCCAGUGCCGAUGCCCGAAGCGCCCGACAGCAGAGAUACCAACCGUACAUGGGCAACGCGGCCGGCCGAGCUCCUGGCUCACCGACUAUGUCGGCUCGUCUGGUAAUGACCCACACAAGAAACACAUCCAGUCAAGAAGGUUCGCUGAUGGCCGCUUUACCACAGGGCCAAGACGUCAUCCGCGUCAUCUCUACCGGCGGUGUUACCAAGGUUGUCAAGAUUGCCGACUGCAAUACCUGUGAGGAGGUCAUGCGAGUGACGUUGCGGAAAUUCGCCCUGCGGGAGGAUCACGACCGCAACUACUGUUUCUGGGUCCUGACCGGCGUCGACCCGGACCCUAAGCAAUGCCGCCGUCUUGGCGAUACCGAGUUGUGGCGCAUCGUGAAGGACCAGAAACGACCAGAGAGAAAUCGACUCAUCCUCCGGCGAGUGCCUGCCGGCGAACCCGGCGACCCCGAGCUGCAGCGGGCCGCUUCCAUCGCGAUGGAGGAGGCGCAGCAGUCUCACGCGCGGGCUCUCGAAAGCGUGCAGGACAAGAGGAGUCAGUUAAAGAUCCAGCGGCUGCUGGGUGAGAGCUGGAACGAAGGUCUGCAGCAGCCGCUAUCGCCGAUAUCGUACCAGGACCGGGAGAGGAACGUAAGCAAUGCGGCGAGGGACUUGGAACGUCCCGCCUCCAACGAUUCUAAAUCUACUCCUAGACGCAAGGGCACGCUUAGGCAGUUUGGUGGCCUGCGACCGCCUAGCGAGUUGAUCACAUCCGACCUUACUUCCUACUUCCCCGACCACCCUAGAGAGGACAUUGAUCGGACUGCCCGUCUGUCUAUGCGCAGGUCUACCCGCUUGAGCAAGGUCAACAGCCGGCUCAGCGUCGCCAGCAACUUCAGCUUCGCCUCCAGCAUCCAGGAUGCGCCGCCUAUCCCGACCAUCGCCGAUUCCUGGCUGAACAGCGGCCAGCUUGCCAAAAUCAAGACGCGCGAGAACCAAGGCCGCAUACCCCACUCGUACCGAGACUCCGUCGCCUCGUCGGUUCUCCAUACCCUGCAGGAGGAAUCGCCCAUCGAGCCCAAUCGCAAGUCGUAUGUCUCGUUUGCGGAUAGCGGAUCCGACGGCAAUCCAAUUAGCAUCACGGACCCGGAAGGCAACGUUCGUCAGAGCUACUUUGACGAAUCCAGCACGCAGGGCUCUGGCUCGUUGAAAGAUCUCACCCAAGCGCUGGACCAGGAUGGCGAGGAUGCCGACGAGGAGUUGCAGAGCUUCUUGGCUGGAGAGUCGUGGGACGACAACAAGUGGAUGAAGGGUGCCUUGAUUGGCCAAGGUUCGUUCGGUAGCGUGUACUUGGCUCUGCACGCUGUCACUGGUGAGCUUCUCGCUGUCAAGCAGGUCGAGGCUCCUUCGCCUGGUGCCAACAGCCAGAUUGACGCUCGCAAGAAGAGCAUGAUCGAGGCGCUCAAGCGCGAGAUCGGCCUGCUCCGGGAUCUCCGACACGCGAACAUUGUGCAGUACCUGGGCUGUAGUUCCUCGGCCGAGCACCUCAACAUUUUUCUCGAGUACGUCCCGGGCGGUUCCGUGCAGACGAUGCUCAACUCGUACGGCGCUCUACCCGAACCCCUCGUCCGCAGCUUUGUCCGGCAGAUCUUGAACGGGCUCUCCUACUUGCACAAUCGGGAUAUCAUCCAUCGCGACAUCAAGGGCGCUAAUAUCCUGGUCGACAACAAGGGCACGAUCAAGAUUUCCGAUUUCGGCAUCAGCAAGAAGCUCGAGGCCUCGAACAUUCUUAGCGGUGCUAACAACAACAAGAACCGGCCUUCCCUCCAGGGCUCCGUGUUUUGGAUGGCGCCCGAAGUGGUCAAGCAGACCUCGUACACGCGCAAGGCCGACAUUUGGUCCCUCGGGUGCUUGGUCGUGGAGAUGAUGACGGGCACGCACCCUUUCCCCGACUGCAGCCAGCUGCAGGCUAUCUUCAAGAUCGGCGGUGGCAAGGCCGCCCCUACGAUUCCGGAUAGUGCCAGCCCCGAGGCUGUGACGUUUCUGAGUCAGACCUUCGAGAUAGACCACAAUCUGCGACCUAGUGCGGAUGAUCUCAUGCUUAGUCCCUUUCUAGCUCCCGUUGCUUAGCGGGCAGGGAGCCCCGUGAUUUCACCUUGUCACUUGGACCCGUCUUUUCUCGAUACCCCUUUACACACAAGAGUCUUAGCAUAGCCAGUUCUGUCUAGGAUGCUUUCGAUUCGUGGCCUGGAGGCGGAGGCUUUGGACCUGAGGUUCUAGGGACGGACAUGCGGAAAUUUGGUAUCUAGUGGAGAGUGAUGGCUCCAGACUUGUCCCAUGGUCUCCGGCAGGCACACGAGGAAAUUUGCACGAAUGCAUGGACGCGGCGAAACGAGAGCGGGCGACUGGAUUUCUCUCUUUUUUUUUUUUUUUGCUCAUCUGUCUAGCUUCUACUUUCGGGCUUUGUGUUAACGGGUAUCUUCCGAGCCGCAUCAGAAACGUGACGGACCGGGUUUCGUACGGCAAAUGCAUGAAUGGACAAACGAAGUGGCACGAUUUCUCAUGACACGUCCCCCGGGUUUCCGUUUCCGAGGACAAUGUACAUAUAGCAAAUAAUGGCCCCGCGCGAGGUUGCGGAAUAUAAAGAUAAGUGGCCAUUGGCAACCUUCAUGUACAUUCGCUGCGGUAGUGGCAAAGGGGCAUGGUUUAAAAUUUUUCAAGGAGAAAGAGAAAAAGACCUCAGCAGGUGCCCUUCCGUUCUCUUUCCCCUCCAUCAAUCCGUAGGUCGUAGACUUGUAGCCGUGCCUCUGA